UCCAUUAUAAGCAGCUCAGACUGAGAGGUUCAAACCUGCAGAGAAACUUCAGUUCUGCACACAGAAGAAGAAGAGGAAGAAGAAAAAUGGCUGACUCAACCAGCAGCAGCCGCUCUGACUCUUCAUCAUCAUCAUGCAACAACUCUUCUUCCUCACUCAGGGACCUCACACACUCAGCCUUACAGCUCAUCCACUGGAAGGAACUGAAAAAGUCGGCAGCAGCGUUCAGCCUAUCGCUGCUGGUUCUCGUCUCUGUGGCAACGCUAUCUGUCAUCAGUGUGGUGUCCUACCUGCUGCUGGCAUUCCUCUGUGUCACUAUCACCUUCAGGGUUUAUAAAUCAGUGAUUCAGGCCAUCCAGAAAUCUGAUGAAGGACAUCCAUUCAGGUCUCUGUUGGACAGGGACAUCUCGGUGUCAUCAGAGUCAGUCCGACUGCUGGCUGACCAGUUCCUGAUCCAACUUAACUGGUUCAGCAGUCAGAGCAGGAAGCUGUUGCUGGUCCAAGACCUGGUUGACUCUCUGAAGCUGGCUGCUGUCAUGUGGAUGAUGACGUAUGUUGGCGCCAUCUUUAACGGUGUCACCAUCCUCAUCCUCGCUGACAUCAUCGUCUUCACCACGCCGCUGAUCUACCAGAAGAAUAAGACGCAGAUCGAUCGGACCAUCGAGGUGUUACAGUUCAGACUGGACAAGACGCUGCUGAAGUAA